UUUGGAGCACUUUUGGUAACGCCUGUGCAAAUAUUUUCCGUUCGAAUUAUCGAGACGCGCGCGAUCCGCCAGAGGGCGCCGUCUCCGGAAUCAUCCACCCCGAAAAAGCCGGCACAUCCGUGUAUAUAUGGCACCGGGUGUCGCAUACGGACUUCAGUGCAUUCGGUGCUUUAGAUCAUGUAGUGGAGGAGGUUACUAUAUCUCAUUACUAAUUUUUAAGUUUAAAUUUAGAAGGAGAGGAAGAGGAAAAAUAUCUACUUGAUUACGAGUUCGUUCGACCACCACACAGCAAAUUAUCAAAUUUACGAAGAACAACAGUUUUGGAUUUCAAGUUUAAACCUGGACAAGAUGAUUAUCACCAUCGAAGUUCCCAAGGAACUUCGGCAGAUCGUACCAGUCAUGUGCGGUGCCGGGAUCGCCGUGUCCUUCGGGAUGAUGCUGGGAUGGGCGUCGGUGGCGUAUCCGACGCUCCUGCAGGAGGCGACCAGCCCGAUUCCUUUGAACAUCGAGAUCACGCCGCUCAUCGCCGGCUUUCUAUGGGAGGGGAACACGUUGGGUUGCCUAUUCUCCACCUCGAAGUACCUGCCCAGCAAGUUGGCCGUGUGUCUGUGCUUCUGCCUGCAGAUCGUCGGCUGGAUUUUGAUGUACUUCUCGCAGAACAUCUUCUGGUUCCUGGCGAGUCGUGCGAGCGUCGGAUUCGCUCACGGCUACGGCAUGGGUCAGCUGAAAAGGUACAUAAAGGAGACGUGCGAUCCAAGCGUCGCCGCUGGCAUUAAUAACUACAUGCCCACCGGGAUGGCGCUCGGUGUACUGAUGAUGUUCACUCUGGGCGCGAACGUCGACUUCAGGAGCAUGGCCAUCUACUCGACGAUCAUCCCCAUUCUGGGCUUGAUCACCUUCGGAGCGAUACCGAAGGCCGUCAAAGAGGAGGAAAGUGGCGGCAGCGGCGGCGACGGUAACAGGAUCAACAACGUGAUGAGCGUUCAAGACAAGAACGAUCUGACCAAGAACAUGACGCCCGUCGCGACGCACGUCAAACCGCUGGGCGUUUUCGAUGUCAUCAAGGAUCCGGAGAGCAGGCACUGUCUGCUCAUCAUGUUCCUGCUGGUCUUCCUGCAGCAGUACGGUGGAGGCGCCGCCAACAUCGUCUACUCGCAGAUCAUCCUCGUAUCCACGCACAAUCCCAACCCGAAGGUUGGUUCGAUCGUCUACGCCUUCUGCUUCCUAGUGAGCAUGACGCUGUCGCUGAAAUUCGCCAAGAAAUUCUCGAGGAAAUUCAACCUGGUCACGACACUGGGCUGCUGCAUCUUCAUCCUCUCCCUCAUCGCCCUCUACUUCUUCCUGAGACACGACCUCGAAGAGCUGAAUCCCAUCUUCAGGUGGGCGCCGCUCUUCCUUCUCGUCCUCUACAACUUCUUCCACACUUUCGGCCUGGCCACCGUUCCCCUCCUGAUGCUCUCCGAGAUGAUGCCCAAAUAUUCUGUAAACAUUGGCAGCAAAUUCUGGACCAUCCACUUCUCCAUGUCCGCCGUCAUCUCCACCAAGAUCUUCCAGAUCAUCUACACGGCGUACGGCAUGAGCAUGGCCUACAUCUUCUUCGUGUUGGUCCUCAUCGUCGGAUUCCUGAUCAUGCUGGUCGUCAAAGAUUUCACCCCAGACGAGAACAGCAAACCCUCGACAAUUCCACCUAGACUGGAAACCGUGGAGAGCGCACCACCUCAACCGCAACUUCAACAGCUGCAGCAACAACAAACACCCGUUGCCAUAGUGAGCCAAGGCCAGGUCAACCAAGCAUUCGAAAUAUCCGAAAACACGAGAUUCUAAAAAAGACAUCCCCAUAGCAACCAUUCAUUCAUUUUAUUUAAACAAAAAAAAAAUGUAUAUAGUACACAGACGAGAGUAUCAUCCACUUUUCCAUGUUUUAAUGGAUCUAAACCUGAAUGCAUCGAACCAUUAUUAUUAAUCACUAGAUUUAGAUUGAUUUAAACAAAAACAAACACACUCUUACCUUAGACGACAAAUGAGAAACGCGAUUAUCGAUCGUGAAGAAUGUAAAUAAAGAUAUAUACUUAAUACGUAACAACGAGAAGAGGCUUUGUGAUAAAAUAUAAAUGAAAAAAAGUUU